GGUUGUAGGCUGAAUUGGCAGAAAGAAGCUUCCUCAUUUCUGUUUUGCGUAUUAUUGGCGAGUUCGUGUUCGAUUGCCUUAGCAGCUGGUUGGCAGUUCUCGCUUACACCAAAUAUACUCAGUCGAGGUUAAAUACGUUUUGGUUGGAUUCGUUAAGAGUUUUUUGGCAAAAUGACCGCAGAUAUAAAUAAAGGCCCGUUGCUUGGCCAGCGACAUCUACAAGUCUUCUUGCUAUUCACCUCGAUUGUGGUGAAUUAUGUUGCAAAAUUUAAUGCCAGUGUUGCUGUGGUUGCCAUGACAGAUGCCGCAACAACGAACCCUGACUUUCUGGAAUAUGAUUGGACCGAUUUACAAAAGUCAUAUAUUCUGUCGAGUUUCUUUUGGGGUUAUUUCAUCACGCAAUUUCCUGGCGGUUAUCUGUGUAGACGGUUUGGCGCUAAACGCACAAUGCUUUUGUCAACACUAGGCUCUUCAGUGAUGGGUCUUUUGCCGCCGUUAUGUGUCAGUUGGGGCGGUUGGGGUAUCUACUGUGGUAUACGUGUUGUUCAAGGCUUCUUUCAGGGUUUUAUGUUCCCCUGUGUGCAUGCACAUCUCGCWGCUUGGUGUCCGGUAAGCGAACGCAAUCGUUUGGGUGCGCUAGCCAAUACGGGUAUCGAAUGCGGUACACUGCUGUCUAUGUUCAUAAGUGGCGUAAUUGCGGCUUCUAGCAUCGGYUGGCCGGGUCUAUUUUAUGUCGGCGGUGGCGUGGGUUUAGUUUGGUGUGUCGCUUGGAUCUUUUUAGCUGCCAAUGAACCGAGCCAAUCAAAAUUUAUUACAACCGAAGAACUCAAUUAUAUUAACGCCGAAAAGACUGUCACAAARGAGGUGGAGGCGGGMGAAGUGCCGCGUAAGAUGCCAGUGCCAUGGCGUGCUAUUCUAACAUCCCUGCCAUUGUGGGCUUUAGUGAUUGCGCGUUCGGCUCAUUCAUGGGGUUUCUCGACGCUACAAGCGGAAAUUCCCUCCUACAUGAAGGGUGUACUUAAUAUGGACAUGAAGAAAAAUGCUCUCUACUCGGCGCUGCCAUACUUGGCGAUGUGGUGCAUGUCUUAUGUGUAUCUGAUUGUGUCGGAUGUGCUGCUSAAUCGUAAUAUACUCUCACUCACUGCCUUACGCAAGACAUUCAACUCAUUGGCACUCUGGGCUCCAGCUGUGGGUCUGAUUGCUGUCAGCUUUUUGGAACAAGAUCAAACGACCCUAGCCAUAGUGCUGAUGACUGCUAAUGUGGGUGUAAAUGCGGGUUCAACCAUCGGCAGCGCCUUGAACACCAUCGAUCUGUCGCCAAAUUAUGCGGGCAUUCUCAUGGGUAUUGUGAAUUCGGCAGCUAAUGUGAUACCGAUACUCACGCCACUGCUGGUUGGUGUGAUAGUAACAGAAAAUGAUAGUCGCUCGCAAUGGCAGGUGGUGUUCAUCAUAGCGGCGGCCGUUUUCUUCUUUGGUAAUUUGUUCUACCUUAUCUUCGGUAGAAUGGAAUUACAGCCAUGGGACAAUCCGGAUUUCUUGCUGCCUAAAAGCGUGGUUGACGUGAAACCACCAGCGGAGAAGAGCGAAAACUCAGUGCUGGAUGAAAAACCCAGAAAAAGUAUCACGUAAAAGAAUAGCCGUUAGUGUAGUAAAGUGUAUUGCUAGUGUCUAUGUUUGUAAUUAUGUUAAUAUAGAGUUAGUUGUAAUAAAUAACGCUAAA